GGUGUGUGAGAGGAAAUAGACAAAAAUUCUUGAGAUUCUCUUUCUCUCUCUAUCUAUUUCCCUUUCUCCGACGACGCCAAUGCUGCCUUACAAAUCUGUGCCGGAGGCGGAGGCGGUGCUCGGCCGAACACUGACCGCCGGCGAGAGCAUAUGGCUGAACUACUCGGCUGAUAAAUCCGAUUACUUCCUCUACUGUCAUAACAUCCUCUUUCUCUUCAUCAUCUUUUCCAUUUUCCCUCUUUUUUACAUCAUCCUAGAGUUCAUCUCCCACGAAAUUCAAAUCUACAAAAUCCAGCCCAAAGUUAAGCUUUCUUUUUCCGAUUCCUUACGCUGCUAUCGCGAUGUAAUGCGAAUGUUCAUCUUCGUCGUCGGCCCUCUCCAACUCGUCUCCUACCCUUCGAUUCAGAUGAUUGGGAUACGAACCAGCCUUCCAUUGCCGUCAAUCGGAGAAAUCGUCGCCCAAUUGGUCGUUUACUUUGCAAUCGAGGAUUAUACGAAUUACUGGGUACAUAGAUUCCUGCAUUGCAAGUGGGGGUACGAGAAGAUUCAUCGGGUACACCAUGAAUACACUGCACCCAUCGGAUUUGCGGCGCCGUACGCUCACUGGGCAGAGGUGCUGAUCCUCGGUGUUCCUUCCUUUUUGGGACCCGCCAUAGCCCCUGGCCACAUGAUCACGUUCUGGUUAUGGAUCGCUUUGAGGCAACUUGAGGCAAUUGAAACUCACAGCGGGUAUGACUUCCCAUGGAGUCCCACAAAAUACAUUCCAUUUUAUGGUGGAGCAGAGCACCAUGACUAUCACCAUUAUGUUGGAGGACAGAGCCAGAGCAACUUUUCUUCUGUAUUUACCUACUGUGAUUACAUUUAUGGAACUGACAAGGGAUACCAAUACCAGAAAAAGAUUAUGAAACAGCUGAAGGAAAGUGAAAGAAGAAAGGGGCUAGAGAAUGUUGCAGGCUCAGGAGAAGGAGUUAAAGCGGAUUGAUUAGAAGAGUAAUGAUUCUGAGUUGAAACACAAUCAUCAAGUGGAUUUUGAAAGAAAAGUUGUUGGUGUUCGAAAGAAUGAAUGAUCCUUGAAGAAAACUCAGGAAUUUGUGUAGUUAUUUUUUAUGGUGGAGUGUACUUGUUAACUGGAUUGACAUCAUCUCAUCAUCAUCAUAUGUUGUGAUAUUGUUUGUUGUGGAAUUCUUCUUAUAGCAUGAUUGAAAUAUAAGUUGUGUGUCU